CCUGUAAAAUGUGUAAUGCUGUAAGCCGACUUUUUACAACAACAAAUUCAAUAUAUGCAAAAUGAUUGAGGCACACUUUAGUAAACGUUCAUCACACAUACAUAACACACACUAGAACAGCCAAACAAACACUUAAACAAGUAGGCUUCAGUGUCGUGGGUAUUGAUCCGCAGAGGGCAACGAACAGGUAGCGUUAAUAAUGUACUUUGUCCCUUCUCGCUCCCGGUACAAUGUCAAAACAAGGAAGGGUCGGAAGUAGAAUAUAUUAUGGCAAAAAGGAAACUAAAGAAAAACUCGAAAGACACAUCUUCAGUGGUGGGGGUGAGACAGGCAAGGCAGGCAGAAAUGACAAAACCAGAGAAAUAUAUGUUUUUCCUUGCUGCCAUCGCUCUGGUUGUAGCCGUUUGUGUGGCACCACUGACUGCUGAAAUAUCUACCUCUGGCUUUUCUCGUCAUAAGCACAGUAUCCUGAAGAUGGAUGAGGCAGUUUUGACAAUCAAAAAUGAGCUGGACACUGAGUUGGUGGUGUCUUGGAUGUCAGAGCGCUGCUACCAGUGUUUGUACCAGCAACUAGGGCUGGUACCUGCAGUGACCAGUCCUGGUCAGCCCAGCUCAGUUGACUUUGUUGUGAACACACAGCACGAAAUUACACUACAGAUCAACAGCACUCCUGUCACCCUGGACCUGUGCACGGUUCCAUUCCACUUUGGGGAGCACGGAAACUACUCUCUGUGGGUAAAAAAUCUGAAUGACUCCUCAGUGGUUAACUGCUCUGUAGUGACUGAUGCAGACCCCAUCAACAGCUACAUACCAAUAUUAGUAGCUUUUCUUAUCUUUGCUGGACUGGCCUUGGUAUCAGCCAUUGGAAGAACAAUAUUAGGGCUUGAUGUAGUGAAGGGUGUCCUCUUCCGAAUUAGCGGCUCAAUGGAGACAGAGAGGCUCAUCAACUCUGAACUGGGCUCCCCUGGCAGGACAGUGACACCAGUUACAGACAACAUCCUCCCUCCCCCACCCAACCCCAGCAGGAGGCUGCGAUCUCUGGACACAUUCAGAGGUAUUUCCUUGGUCAUUAUGGUGUUUGUGAACUAUGGAGGGGGACGAUACUGGUUCUUCAGACACGAAAGCUGGAAUGGUCUUACUGUUGCAGAUCUUGUAUUCCCUUGGUUUGUGUUUAUAAUGGGGACAUCCAUUGCACUGUCAAUCAACUCCCAGCUGUGUGCAGGCUCUACACGCUGCUCACUGCUGAGGAAAGUUGUGUGGAGGAGCCUGCAGCUCUUCAUCAUCGGUGUCCUCAUUAUCAACCCAAACUACUGCCAGGGACCAUUAUCUUGGGACAACCUGCGGAUCCCGGGUGUGUUGCAGCGCCUGGCCUGGUCGUACCUGGUUGUAGCCUGCCUGGAUCUGUUGGUGGCGAGAGGUCACCUUGACAUCCUUACAACGGGUGCUUGGUGGUCCCCUGGCAUUGACAUCUUGCUGUACUGGCCAGCUUGGCUGUGUGUGCUUCUCUUAGAAAUCAUCUGGCUAUGCCUCACUUUCCUACUUCCUGUACCAGGUUGCCCGACAGGCUAUCUGGGUCCUGGUGGGAUUGGGGACAUGGGCCUGUACGUUAACUGCACCGGAGGAGCAGCUGGUUUCAUCGACCAUUGGCUUCUGGGAGAAAACCACAUCUACCAGACUCCCUCGUCACGGGUGAUUUAUGCAACUCACAUGCCCUAUGAUCCAGAAGGUGUUCUUGGCAGCAUCAACUCUAUUGUCAUGGCUUUUCUUGGAUUGCAGGCAGGAAAAAUAAUCUUACACUACAGAGAUCUCCACACAAGUAUAAUGUCAAGGUUUCUCAUAUGGGGUCUCUUAUUGGGAGCCAUAUCAGCAGUUCUGACCAAGUGUUCCACAGACCAGGGCUUCAUUCCUGUCAACAAGAACCUAUGGUCUCUGUCCUAUGUGACAACACUGGCCUGUUUUGCCUUUGUGCUGCUAGUCCUGGUUUACUACACAGUGGAUGUAAAGAAGUGGUGGUCUGGAGCACCUUUCUACUACCCUGGUAUGAACUCCAUCCUUGUAUAUGUGGGCCAUGAAGUGUUUGAGGAGUACUUCCCCUUCCGUUGGCACAUGGUCAACAGCCAAUCCCAUGCUGAACACCUCACCCAGAACCUUGUAGCUACUUCCUGUUGGGUGUUUAUCUCCUAUGUCCUCUACAGAAAGAAAAUUUUCUGGAAAAUUUAAAAGUGGAGCCCCUACAUCAUGGGGCCUUCAGACAAUAAUUGCAGAGGACAUUGUUUACAUCAGAAUUGCUGGAGUUAUCAUCUGAAAACAUUUGGAAAGUGGAAAACAGGAGAGUGAAUUAUUAUGUCAAAACUGUGAUGGUUCUCUGACUCGGAAUGGAUAUGGGUUUCUUCUUUCAAACAGCACUCUUUUUUGAUUGUUUAGUCACUACUUUAUAGGACCAUAAAUGUUUAAAGACUUUUUUUCCUCAAAGAUCUUUAGAUAUGAAGCAGCCGAUACCUGCCAAAUAUCUUAACUGACUCAGGUAGAACUGGUCCAAGAAUAGUUUGAGAAUUGAGAGCUAUGAAAACUGACAUUGUUAAUCUACUGUUCGAAUAUGUGUUAUAGAAGUGCAGGUUUUCAUUUCUCAUCUUGUGCCACAGACUACAGCAGCAGGGUGCUGCAGUAGUGGUUCAACAAGCCCUUGUUGACUUCCCCUUGGGAGAAUCCCUGUCACCAUCUUAAGUAAUAUUGCAUUACUCUGAAAGUUGAAGUGGGUUUUUGUGAGACUGACUCUUCAAGAGCAAAAGAAAAGGCAACCAAGACUGCAUUGUGAUCUUUCAUUUCCACUGCACAGCAGAAGGUGGAAGCGAUAUUUAAACAAAGGAGAAACAGUGUGUCGUGGGUUUUAAAUUAACACAUGCAAUAUUUAAUUCUUCAGUUGCCUGUGUAGAUUUAAUCAUCAUUUAUUGUUGUCAGGUAGUAGACCAGCUCAAGAGCAAGUGUUUUCCAUUCGCAGUCAUCUGCUUCGCGCCAACUCCCAUUCCUUCACUUGGCACUGUAUGAUGCUGCGUGUUACCAACUGCUGAGGGGAAGUGAAGGAGGGCAAGUCAGAUGACCUGAAACCCACUGUGGGGUGAUUGUUUUGCAUUUUAGUUGAAUGCAUGUUUGUUUAUCGAUUUGAUUAGGUUUGCCCUUUUUACUUAUUCCACAUGCCCAAUUUUUCUGCAUUGGCAGAAAUUAUUUGUCUUUCUCUUGCCAAAGGUUUGAGUAGCCAUUUUUUCACAUUGUGCUAAAUGUGUCAUGAAUUUCCAGAAGGGAGUUCAAUUGUAUGUUGCCUGUGAGUAUAAGUUUAAUUGUGAGAUUUGAAAAUACAUUAUACACUCAGUUCUAAGAUUAUUGUGAACCCCUAGCCAAAACUAAUGCAGUCCAAAACAACAGUCCUGAUAUAUGUUGUAAAUUAAACAAAACUAACAAAACAAAACAUAACUGUUUGUAUAACACAGUUCCAAUCUGCAGCCUCCAAAAUGACCAUAAAGUUAAAUCAACAUUCAACAUUGUAACCAUCAUGAAGGCAGGAUUUGUUUUAUGACUUGUAAUAAACUACAUCAGUUUUAGGUAUAUGCACUUAUUAAACUGACAACUGAGUGUAUAUUUGAUUAAGUAUUAUCUCAUAUCUCGUCAACUGUGUUGCCAUUACUCCAACAAUGCUGGAUAAAUGUGUCCCCUUCUGCUAUAGGCACAUAGUGUCAGCCAUUACUUUCAUCAACAGAUUUUGCUAAACCAGAUGUUCAGUAUGUUGAAUAUCUAAAUGCUGUGACAGAUUUUUUUUUUUUUUUUUGAAUAAUUCAAGCUCAUUUUGUGCUAUCUUAAUUGAUGUAAUUCAUUUUUUCAAAGUUUUAUACAUUUAGUUUUUUUUAUAUAUUCACCAUUUGAAAAUACAUUAAGUCUGUGUAAUAAAAUGUAUUCCAAAAUAUUGCUGCUA